AUGUCACCUCCCGCUGCCAGUCCGACGUCGCCGAUGGCCAUAGAGGGCCAGACGCCUAAGCGGACCUUGUCAAGCUCGGCCUCGCGUUCCCCGGUCAAUGCCUUGGGAAGCCACCGCCCAAGCACCGUGGGCUCAAGCUACCGCGACAAUGCCGACGUUCAGCGCCAAAUGCAGCAGGAUAUUGACUCUGCCAUGAGCAUGUCUCGCGCGCGGUCUGGAUCCCUGGUCGACCGCUCUCCUGUCUUACGGGGCACGAUGGGAAGGUACUCGUCUAGCCCCAUCGAGGAAACGCCUUUCGGCAUGUUAUCCGACUCAGAGGAACGCGAGAUCGCCCGCGCUCGUCACGAGCAGGAAGAGGUGGACUCAGCCGAGUAUGACGCCAACGUCAAGGCCUUACACGCUUCUGAGUCGACCGAUUCUUUCGAGCAGCACCGCCAACGUCGAGGCUCCGACCCGGGGGCGCGAAGGAAGCCCACAUAUCGGGUGGGCGCAGAUGGUAUCGUCAGCAACUUCGAUUUCAACGAAAUGGAAGACUUCGCCGCGCAAGAACGUGUGAGACUGCACGGUGAGCAGGAGGCGGCACCGCGGAAGAGGACAGUUUUCGCUGCUCAGUCGACGUCUGUUGGCGAACCACCACUCUCUCAAAGCGACACGAGCGACAAGGCAAUGCUUGGCCGGGCAAGUUCCGAGACCCAAGCCAUGGAAGGAGCGGAGGAACUGCCAAAGGAGGAUGACGCCCCUCAGACCAACUUCCACCGCCGACGCGCUCGCAAGCAGGCCCAGAACAACCCCGGCCGUCGGCAAGCGAAGCUCGCUCUGUUCGAGAAUUUUGGGAAUGGUGGAGGCGAUGACGCUGUUGGUGCUCUGAAGGCUCCUCGCCAUAGGCACGGCCACCAACAGCAACAGCCGAGCGUGGAGGCGCCUGGAACAACAGUCUUCGAAGAGUACACCGACGUCGUGCCAGCCACCAAGGGCCAUGAUCGGCCAUACCGAUUCUCCUUCUACUCCAACGCUCUCCCCGUCACGAUUCAUGCGCGCAACAUUUCUGAACUUCCUGCCGAGGGCCAGAGUUUCGAGGAUCUUUUUAAGGGAAGGAACAACAACCUCUCAGCAGGUGCUCGAGACUCUGGAGAGUACGCCUAUUCGGGAAGGAACACGCCAAACGAUCCGAGUCAGCUCUCCUUAUCAAACCCAAGAGCCCUGGCUAACCAGGCUCUGCAAAACGCCGCAGCGAAGAGCACCCCGCCGGGGAUCCCUCCCGGAGUAACGGCCGAAGAAGACCCAGAGGCAUACACUUGGUGGCUGGAUGUCCUCAGCCCGACCGACGAGGAGAUGCGCAUGCUGUCCAAGACGUUUGGGAUCCACCCCCUCACGACUGAAGACAUUUUGCUCGAGGAGACGCGCGAAAAGAUUGAGCUGUUCCGGAACUACUACCUUGUGUGUUUCCGUUCGUUCGACCAGGACCCGUACUCGCAGACGUACCUUGAGCCGCUGAACAUGUACAUCAUCGUGUUCCGGGAGGGUACGCUCUCGUUCCACUUCCGUGGCACGCCGCACCCGCAGAAUGUGCGUCGCCGCAUCAAGCAUCUCAAGGACUACAUCAGUGUUACAUCCGACUGGAUCUCGUACGCGCUUAUUGACGACAUUACCGACGCUUUCGGCCCGCUCAUCCAGAGUAUCGAAUACGAAGCGGACAGCAUCGACGAGCUAGUUCUGAUACUCAAGGAAGCAGAGCAAACGGAUAUGCUUAGGCGCAUCGGCACAUGCCGCAAGAAGGUCAUGGGUCUGCUGCGUCUCAUGGGCUCAAAGGCCGAUGUCGUCAAGGGUCUUGCCAAGCGCUGCAAUGAGAACUGGCUCGUCGCGCCGAAGUCCGACAUUGGCCUCUAUCUUUCUGAUAUCCAGGACCACUUGAUCACUAUGACGAGUAAGAUUCUCUCGCGUUCGCACUCGAACUACCUCGCGCAAAUCUCGAUCGAGAUGACCGACGCGAACAACCAAAUCAACGACGUCCUGUCCAAGCUCACUGCGCUCGGUACCGUGCUCAUUCCCAUGAACUUGGUCACCGGUCUCUGGGGUAUGAACGUCCACGUCCCGGGCGAAGACAUUAAGGAAGGCUACGCCUGGUUCGGUGGUAUCCUUGGCUGUCUUGCGGCAUUUGCCGUCCUAGGCGCCUGGGCGACGUACAAGUGCUUCGUUCGAUAG